UUCGUGCAUGCGCGUGCACGAAACUCGGUGAGCUGCAGCAGCGGUAUAGGCAGGCAGAAGACUCACGACAGGUGAUUUCUUAUAAGCGCUGCUGCUGUAGAAUCAACAGAUCGCUGGAGAGGGACGGUCGGUGGGAUCAGCAAAUACGACUAAGACUUCACCCUUCACCAUCGCGUCCAUCCACUCGCGCUCCUUCAUCUGACAUCAAAUCAACAGCUGUAUAGGCACUACCCAAACCGGCGCUCUGAGGCUAAAAGAUUGUUUACGCAUCCAAACUCUCAUCACUGAAGGUCCCGCGACUAGCAGAGCUGUCAGCCAUGGCCGACGUUGGCCCAUCCAAAGAAGAUCUGGUCCUCAUCUUCAAGCAUCUCAAGUCGCUCCGCAAGGAGAACCGGGUAUGCUUCGACUGCGGGGCCAAGAACCCGACAUGGGCAAGCGCCACAUUUGCGGUCUACAUCUGCCUAGACUGUAGCAGUGUGCAUCGCAACAUGGGCGUGCACAUCACCUUUGUUCGAUCUACGAAUUUGGACAGCUGGACAUGGGCUCAGUUGCGCCUGAUGAAAGUAGGAGGGAAUGGCGCAGCAACGGACUUCUUUUCUAGGCACGGCGGAUCUGGUCUUCUCACUCCAGGCACGGAAGGCAAAGUCAAGUAUACAUCCGGUGCAGCUAACGCAUACAAGGCCGAGUUGAAGCGUAGAGCAGAAGAUGACGCUAGAGGUGCACCAAUCGGAAGCAGAGUGGUCUUUCCUGGCAUGGCGGCUGAAGGACCUCUGGCUUCUACCACGACCACUGCCGCAGCCGGCGCAGCAGGCGAUGAGGACUUUUUCGACGACUGGGAUAAGCCCGCUGGAACCGCUGCGCCCAAGCCUGCUCAAGCUGUCAGACCCGCUGCUGGUGCGUUGCCAGCCAUCGGAGCUGGCAGGCCCGCUUCUCAGUCAGCGCGAAAUGCCGCGCCUGCUGCUGCUGCAGCCGCCGCUCCUGCCGUAGCGGCACCCAAGCCUGCACCCUCUCCUCAACCCAUCUCUUCGUCUUCUUUUCGGUCUUCCACUCCCACGGGCAGUGGGCGUGGCGGCGGCGGCAAAUCAGCGCUAGGAGCCGUGCGUGCCAAGCCUGGUCUAGGAGCCACCAAGCUGGGUGCAGCUGGCGGCUCGAAGCUUGGAGGCGUGAAAAGAGGAGGCCCAGCUGUAGACUUUGAAGCGUUAGAAAAGGCGGCUAAGGAGCAGGAAUCUAAGGAUGCAGCAUUGGCAGCCGCAGCUGCAGCCGAGGAAGAGGCGGCUGCCAAGGUGGCGAAGGAGCAAGCGGAAGCUGAAGGGAUUGCCAAAGCUGCUAUUGCGGCUGCUGCUCAGGCCGAGAGAGAUGCCAAAGCAAAGGCCAGUCAAACUUCCAAUGCUAGCAAUGGCAAGCCCAACAGCCCGGUGAGACCAAGUGGAGAAAUGGAAAGGCUUGGCAUGGGCUUUGGAAGAAUGCAGAUGGGCGCUCAGCGUGUAAAGGCGCAGAAUGAUGCUGAGAGAGCAGCAAAACUUGCCAGCUACACCGCGGACGACACGGACUACGCGCGUAACAAGUUUGCGGGCCAAAAAUCCAUAUCCUCGGACCAGUACUUUGAGCGCGGCAAUUAUGAUGCUAAUGCCUCUGCAGAAGCGCGUGAAAGGUUGCAAGGCUUCACUGGACAAACGAGCAUCUCAUCCAACCAAUACUUCGGUCGCGAUGAAGAUGACGAGCCUCCCCCGGCUGCCAAUGGAGACUGGGCCGGUGACUUCGAACAGACUGCCAAAGAGUACUACGGCAAGUUCAUGGCCAAUCCGGACGUGCAGAGCGGAAUCGAGAGCUUCAGGGCUGGUGCUAUGAAGCUGAGCCAGUAUCUCGAGGAAAUGUCCCGCAAUGGAGGUUGAAGCGCUCGACGUGUAAUUCUUUUGCUCGUCAUUUGGGUUGUGUCACCUCUGAAGAUGUCUUCUCAGCCGAGCACUCCUUCCACCAAAGUGCUUCCUAAUUUCUCUCUCUUUAGGGCCCUUUGACGCUUCACGAGUUGCUAAAAAUGAUAUGUGUGUCUUUUUGAAGGCUGUCUAGAG